GUUGAGCUUGUGCAGAACUGCAGAUUAAUUUUAUUUAGCUAUACAUCGAUAAUAUCUAAACGAUAAAACGUGCAUAAAAUUCAUGGGAUUAGUAACUUUAUUAUCUUAUCAAUACAUACUCGCUAUUAACUUGAACUUAUGAGUAAACAUAAAUCAAACUCAAUGAAAAUGGUGGCUACAAAGAGUAAAAACAAUGUGAUAUCAUGUUCAACCCCUGAACAUCAAGUGAAUUCGCCGUCCAGAGAUAGUGAUUCAAUGUGUGACUCGGAUGCUGGAAGUCCUGUACCCUUUCUGUGCACCCAAGAUGGUGCUGAAGGUGAAACAGAUGUUAUUUGGAACUUUUACACUCCUAAAUCAGGACACGCAGCUAGCUCACGCUGUAAAAACUCAACGCCUCUUAGUAGGAAAGCGAAAAAGUCUUUUAGGCCAAAAGUAAUUGAGAAACCACCACCAAAACGCAGGCCCAUCAAGGCCUUGCAUAAACAGACUGAACUAUUCCAGGAGCUUUUGGAAUUAAACCAAAAAUUACCAGAGUUGAUGAAGAAAAAAGCACAACCUAUUAAAGAAACUCGCCAGUCUGGAAGCGAGGAUGAUAUUUUCAAUGAUUCACCAGAGCACUCCCCAAAAACAGGAUUAAGAAACACAAGAUGCCUGAGAAAAAAUUUACUAAGCUCAAAAUUUUCUAAGCCCGAAAUUGACAAUGCAUUAGAAUCAGAUGAUUCAAUGAAUGAAUGCCUCUUGAAAGCUAGUCAAAUAGUAGAAGAAAAUUUACUUGAAUGUAGGCCAUCUUCACCAAAAAGAAGUUGUUAUGAAUCACACUAUAAAAGUAAUAAAAAGGAUAUGAAACUAAAUACAGAUUUUAAGAUAGAUCAAGAUUCCAUGGAUGCCAUUUUGAAUAGUAUUAAGUUGGAAUCACCGGCUGUGAGCAAAGUGAAAAAAUUUGAGUCACCUAAACUAGGAAAUGAUUCUUUUGAUAGUUUUGUUGGAAACUUGAAUGACAGUGCAUUAGAACAACUGACACAAAUGCCGAUUAAAGGGAAUGUUUCUGCAAGCAAAGCCAAACAAAAAUCAUCCGAUUGGACACUAAAGGAAUUCAUUGUGCAUGAAGGCAGUCCUUCGUCUAAAUCAGUAUUUGGCCGUUACAGUUCAAUGCCUGAGUCGCCAUCUGUUAUUGAAAGUAAUAAACCUUCUACAAGUGGUAUGGCUUUUGGUAGAUACAAUUCUAUGCCUUUCAGAAAUGACGACAAUUUAACAGCUCCUGGGGAUUCUCCAAUAAGAUGUACGCCUGACGAAAUUAAAAGGAAACACCAAAUGGCUAGAGAAAAAUUGCUGGCUAAAAGACAACUUCCAUUUACUUCUUCACAACAAUCCACACAGUCUACACAGUUUAUGUCAGAACCGUUGCAGCGAAUACCGAAAAAUACCAAAUUCCAACCUAGAAUACCUAGUACAGCAGUCUCCAAAAGCCAAAAUAGUCUAGUUACAAAUGCUCAUAAUUCUAAGCCAGCAACAAAUAAUGACACAAACAAAAAUAAUAAUUUAGAUCUUAAAUCUCUCAUUGAGAAGAAAAGACAGGAAGCUCUAAUGAAGUUACGGCGCCGUCAACCUAAAUAGAGUAUAAUGAUUGUUUAUUUUUGUAAAUACAUAUUAAUUUUAAGAAUAUUUGUUGAGAAUUAUGAUCAAUGUAAUUCGAAGUGCCUUUAAAUCUAAUGAAUGAAACUGCCUGACUAUUUUAAGUUUUAUAAAUCUUUAUUUUAUCAAAAUGCAUGAUAAGUUAAUUUUGUGCAACCUAAUAAAUGCUAUA